CCAAUCCAGUUGGUGGCGGUAAAUGCAAAAGUUGUUUUGCCAUCCGUCUUAAAAAGUCAAUAGAAAAAGAAGAAUCGCGUACUUCCGGUUUUAAGCGGAAAUGUCUGGACGGUGAUAAACAUGAAGCGGGUGACUCGAUAUGCCUGUGAGGAUGCGCCCAUCCCUGAAGAACAGGAAACCGAAGGCCAGAGACAACUACACAAUCUACUCCUACAGCAACUAGACACAGAUGUAGAUAUUGAGAGGUGUGUAGCCAAGAAGAAAUGCUUCGCUCCAGCAGCCGUAUACAAGCCCUUUGGGGAGCAGGCAGCUGGUGUGAGGAGUCUGUCACAGUUUCAAGCCCUGAAGGAUGGGGAUCAGGAGCUGGCCACUCUUCGAGACCUGGGCCUUACUGAUGCAGAAAUCGAGCUGUGGAGAUCCAGAGACCUGCCAGAGAGUUUGUGGAAGGAUAAAGGGGUUUGUGUGGCACCCGAUGCGAGGAAUCAGCGUCUGCAGGCCAUCCGGGAUAAAAUGGCAGCGCACGCAGAGCUGCUGUCCCGACCCCAGCGUUUCUCGGGUAGCCGCCCGCUCUCCCGCAGAGAAAUGGAGAUAGAAAAGGCACUCUUUCAGGGCAGCGAUCGCAGCAGUUUUCUCACGGCCCUUUACCAUCAAGAGGAAGAUUCACAGGCCGGCCAGCAGGGGGUGACAUCCACCAAUGCAAUGGACGUUUUCUAUGAAGACUUUCUUAAAGAUCACAACAAAAACUCUGAUAUCUCACAAAGACCAAAAACACGCACUGAACCGACAGAUCAGUCCUGCUCUAAUUCAAGCCAGUCACAAGCUCAACACAAUGAUGAACACAAAAGUUCAGUGUCGGACAUUGUUAACCAACCACAGCCUAGGAAAAUGACUAUCGGCCAGUCCAUUGGUACACUAAAACCUACUUUUGUUCAAGGACAUGAUGGACCAGUUACUAUCAGUGGAGAAAUAGAGGAAAUUUCAGAGGAAGAGAUCAAGAGCAAUCGGGAAACGGAAGACGGUAUACGGAAUAUUAGACGUUUCAAGAACUACCAGAAAGGGACGCCAUCGAAUGUGCUGUGUGUGAAGAACAUGAGUCCACGGGCAUCAUUGGCCCAGCUGGUUUCUCUCUUCUCACGGUUUCAGAAAGAUGACACACGGCCCAUUCUGUACCGCCUACUGACUGGCCGACUCAAGGGACAAGCAUUCAUUACGCUCUCCGAUGUUGAAAGUGCGCAAGCAGCUCUUGAUCUGUUAAAUGGAUACAUGUUGCUUGAUAAACCUCUGGUCAUUGAGUUUGGCAGGAAGAAAAAUGAAGAGACCAAAGCAAGCACUGAUGGAUCUAUAGAUGCCGACACCACAUCAACACAAAAGGACAAUAAGAAACCUGUACAAUGCUGUUCAUUUAUUUAUAACAAAAAAUGAUAUUUUUUAUGAGCUAUUUAUUUGGAAAUAAUGUCUGUGUGUAACCAAACCAAACUGCUUAAAGGGAUAGUUCACCCAAAAAUGAAAAUUCUGCAUGUUGUUACAAACCUGUAUACAUUUAUUUGUUCUGAUGAACACGAAUUAAGAUAUUUUGAGGAAUGUUCACUUCCAUAGUAUUCUUUUUUCCUACUAUGGAAGUGAAUGGGGCUCACGAACGGUUUGGUUACAAACAUUUCUCAAAAUAUUUUCCUUUGUGUUUAUCAAAACAAAUAAAUUUAUACAGGUUUGUAACAACACAAGAGUGAGUAAAUGAUGACAGAAUUUUCAUUUUUGUGUUAACUAUCCCUUUAAAAGACAACUGUCAUACUUCUAUAGACCACAAGGUGUCACCCGUUCCCCAUUAAGUACACUGUGUUUUGUAGUUUUUAGUCUGUGUUUGCUAUCUGUGAAAACCUUUAAAAACAGUAACAAAAAUUUGGCAUGUGGCUUGACAUGAAACAAUGCCUCAAAUUGUGUUUAGUUAACGUGAGAUGUCCUGUUAUCUUUCUGCUGUAUGCAGACAGUGAAAGGCAAAGCUCACCACACAUCAGCAUUAUGGAGAUCAAUUUUCUCUUAAAAAUGUAAAGAUAUCAUGAUCAGCUCCAGUAGCAGAUUUAUACUACACUAAAUCUGUGGCUGUUGGCAGCUUUUGACAGGCUUUGGCCUAUAUAAACAAUAUACAGUCGGUCCCUACAAGCACAAGUCUCACCAACCGAGCAAAUUACGUUUCAAUGGGCUAUUCACGCCAUCUUUCCCACAUAGUUAAUCAUUAAAAUCAAGAUAAAGUUGAGUUUCACCUGGGUUGUAACUUUUAAACAUUUGUUCAAAUGAUAAGAUCAGUGUAAAACCUCAGACGUUUACACACACACUUAAACAGCCAUUUACAAUGUUGAGUAUUUAAAGUGGUAUAUAAAUGAAAUCAUGUUGUCGGUUAACAUUAAGCAAUACAUUUUAAUUAGGAGUUCUGGUUAAAAUUCAGCACUAUCAGAAACGAAUAUGCUACUUCAGUCAAGUCUGUUUUGUUGCGAUGUUUAAACAUUUUUAAGCCAUAAAAUGAGUCUCAAACCCUUUGUAAAAUUGCAAAUUCCAGACUAAUUCCGAGUUCAUGUAGGUUUUAAGGCCUUGUGAUCUUUUACGUUGACUAAUGCCAUUCACUCAUAGCUAAAAAUCAGAAUGCAAACUAUUUACUUGUAAUAUUACACUUCAAGAGUUUUUGCACAUCCCCAACAA